AAGCCUGGGGCACUUGUGCGACCUGCUUUGUGGCGCAGCGGCACAGCGACGGCGGGCAUCCAAGGUGCUUACGCGAGCAAGGCGGCAAUGCGUCCAACUCCGCGACAAGGAUGCAUCGCGAACGUUGUGCGUCAGCUUCGUGGAGAAGUUUAAGGAGGCAGCCGGGGAUGACGAUGUGCCGCUCCAGCACCUGAAAGCUGCGGAGCAGCACCUGGCUGCAGUCGAGCGCUGGCUUAGGGGCCAAGGUUAUGAGGAGGGUGCCGAGCACUUGCGAAAGGAGCUGGGAGUCAGCCAAACGCAGCGGCGGGUCAGCAGCAGCCUUGAGGCCAUUGAGUUCACCCAGAACUUCCAGGAUCUGAUUGAGGGCGAGAUCUUCGUCCAAGCCCUCACCGGCUCGGUGAAGGUAAAAAGCUUUCGCCACCCAGGAAAGGUCUUUAUCACCAACGCGCGCCUCUGCUUCUACUCAUGCGUCCUUGGCGUAGAAGUCUCCUUCUCUGCGAAGUGGGACGAGAUCGCCAGUCUGAGACUGAUCGAGAACUCCCAAGCCCAGACAUAUCCAAUCCUGGUGUACUUCAAAGAAGAGAUCGAGUUUGAUGGCCAGGGGGUCAAGCAGCUGGACCUGCGGAUUUUCGAGUUCUCGGACCUCGGAGCUUUACAGAAAAGUGCAAUGUACUUCGUAGGUGCGGAUUUGUUUGGCAUCUACGAGGAUGAUGCUGAGAAAAAGAAGAAGCAAUCAGUGCCAGCAGCCAACAAACUGGUGCGCUCGGCGUCAAUGAUCUCACCGGAAGCUGUGCUCAAGGAAGCAUCCAUGUGGGAGUUGGAACGACGGACCAAUAUUUUUCGACAGAACUGGAAGACGCCGUACUUCUUGCAUGAUGGGGUUGCCAAGAUGAAAUGGGUUUCGUUUGAAGGCAGCAAUUAUGCUCGCCAUCCGUUCAUCCCCGAGGGCGUUGACGAGGAGAAAAUUGCAGCCAGUGACAUCCCUCCGGUGGAAAUGGUGGAGUUCUUGGGCGAGCGCCGACGAUGUGCCUGGAGUACUUGCCCUGUGGAGGGUGAAACAGAUGAGUUGGGCUGGCAGUAUUCGACAGAUUUCGUGCUUGGAAACACUGGGUGGCUGCCGUACUGUGCCAGCAUGAGCUUCGUAAGGCGAAGGUGUUGGACGCCUUCCUUCUAUACAGACGCUGAGGAUGAUAGCAAGUCGAGGGACCGCGCACCGACGACAAUCCUCCAAAACAAGGCACCGUCUACAGCAAAGUUCCCAAUCUUCGAACAGGUCUUGGGAGAUAUCUCUCUGGAGGCGCUGGGCCAGUCGUUGGAAUCCGACGACUGGCGUGAUCCGGACUGUCUCAUGAACUUCUACUGGCAGGAAAUGGGUUCCAUGGACCUGGAGAUCAGUCAGUGGAGCGAUGGCGGCAGCUUCGCCUCUGCGGUGAAGGGGAAGGUCCGCACGAUUGAGAUGCGAUCGCCCGUGCCUCCCGCACCCAUGUGUCCCAAGGAGACAAGGGUUCAGAGCACAUGGCACAUCGUCAUCCUGGAGGACAAGGUACUCCUGGAGAGCGUCUCCAUGUCCUUGGAUGUUCCGUGCGGUACCAACUUCAAUGUCAUAGCUUGCGACACAUUCAGCGUGGAAGAUGGCAAGCUGAAGAUGGUCAGGACUUGUGGCAUCGAGUGGCUUCAGUCCACGUGGCUAAAGAGCAUGAUCGAGCAGAACGUGCCCCCGCAGCUUGCUGCAGUGGGUGAGCGGAUGGCGAAGGUGGUGGGGCGUUGGUGGCAGAAGGCAGGCUCCAAUCGCAAGGAUGCCACACCGCAGUGA